UGAGGGUCUAAGAGCUAUCAGAUACUAACGAUGUCCAAGGCGGUGUCAUCUACUUGUUCCUGAGGGUACGUCGCGCCUCGGCUUCCUGCCAGUUUCAUAUAUAUGUAUAUAUGUAUAUGUAUAUAUAUAUGCAUCGAGGACAUGUGCUGUUCCGCGCCGCUCUCACCGAGUUCAAGCCGUCCGCCGCGAAAGACGUCAGCUGUAUCCUCGAGCUGGCGGACCGCAACUGGCGUGCUGGAUCAUCCGUAGAGCUUGUCCUCACCACCUACCCAAGUCUGCAUAUCGCUUUCUCUCGUAUCGGCUUGAAUGUGCUUGGAGUCAAGAAUGGGACAACUUUUUCGAUAAGACGGGCUUCGACCCUGUCAGCUGCUCAGUCAAGGUCUAUGUGCAUGUCAUUUACAGCGCCAUCAGAGCUGCGAGCACCUGAUAUGCAUGCUCUGGCCUCGCCCUGCACUCCUUGCUUUCACUGCUACCGGGCCGCCAUGUCCUUCAAAUAAUCUUCGCAUUUUCACAUCUUAGGAGCACCAUCCCCGUGCUCCUCGCGUCCUAUGCACCCCCAUAACGCCUAAUUUGCACUCAAUUCGCCUCACCGCGCUCUUCUCCUGCUUUGUUUGCGAUGACAGCGGCGCGCUUCCCGCUUCCUGGAUGCAAAGUGGGCGCGGAGAGGGCGAGAUGGUGCACGGAGAUACUAGGGAGGUGGGAGGCUCAAGAGAUUCUACGGCACUUUACCACAUCGUGCUCCUCACCAGCGCAGCCCUUGGCACUCUUUGUGCUCCAUGUUCUCUGCGCCGCCGCGCUGCUCUCUGCACCCGUGCCGCGCACUAUUCUGCCUUCCCGGUGUCAAACAUCCCUUUCUCACGCCCUCGUCCGGUUGGACGCGCCGUCUACAAGUGCAGACGGCGAUAAUUCUCGAGCCGGAGUCUUGC